AUGACUGAACACUUCAAGAUCACGCCCCUCAAGGACAAGGAUGGAUACGCCAAUUGGCUUAUUGACAUCCGCGCAAUCCUCCGCACUCGCAACUACUGGAUCAACACACAGUCUGAUGGCGCAGAAGUCAUUGCUGCCGGCAUUGAGCUUCUCAAAGCUCAACCUACAACCACUGAGGAAGCUCCUGACAAGGCCACACUUGAACGCCGUGCUCGCCGCGAGUGGACAGCCAACUCUGAAAAAGCAGCCAACAUCAUCACACUCACACUCCAUGCAUCUGUCAAGGCCAAGCUCUUAGAAGAGGAUUUCAACAAUGCCUUCAAGAUGAUGACUCACCUCAAGAAGCUUUACGAGCCAUCUACGGAUACUGAGUUCUUCAUGCUAAUGCGUGAGCUAUUUGACACCAAGUUUUGGCACUUCCCUGGUACGGAAUCAUACCUCACUCAUAUCCACACUAUCAAUGACAAGAUCACCCGCACCAAGGUAGAGCUCACCUCAGAGAAACGAGCUCUCCUCUGCCUCACCAUGACCCUCCCAUCUCAGUUUGACACACUUGUACAGAUGUGGGGACUCCAAGACUCCCCACCUACAUUUGAGCAAGCAUCUUCUGCUAUUCUUGAGCACCAGCGUCGUGCCGAUGACAAGAACUCACCAGUCUCCAUGUCUGCUGCCCUCAUCAAGAACGUCAACUACACCCACUGCAAGCUCUGCCCACAUGCCAAGAAGCCUCACCGUCCAGAGGACUGCUGGAAAGCUCACCCAGAGAAGCGUCCCGAUUGGGCCAAGGAGAAGAACGGCAACAACACCAAGACUGGCACCGCUAUGACCACGGUUAGCAACUUGCCGCAAUCAGCAGGCCUCCAAAGCUUCCUCUUCUGA